AAAAUCAAUAUGAAUUUUUAUAAAAAAAAAAAGCAUUACGCAGCUCUAUUUUUGACCUUGGUAGAGCAUUACGCAGCUCUAUUUUUGACCUUGGUAAAGCUGGAAAGUUAUACAGUGUAAUUGCGGAGCAAGUCAAAUGUUUUUAAUAAUAUAAAGCAUAUCCAGAAUUUUAGAACUGUUGCAAAUGUCGUACGAAAAAAAAGCUCCGGAUAACUUCAGCAGGAGUAAUGGAGGAAUCUGGACUUCAUGGAUGAGCAGCAGCACGCAAGAAUAAAAAUAAAAAAAAAAACGACGCGUAUACUUUAGCCAUUCUCAUUGGUGUUUGCUCCUAAACCAGUCGAAGUACGUCGUUUGGAACUUUGAAAAGAAAAAUAAACGCAUUGGUCUUGAUGCUCGGAGGAAAUAACACCAAUACAAAACAAUCCAAGUGCUGUAUAGCUCCAAAUCGGUAAUUCCUUAAAAAAAAAUAAAAUAUUCCCUAUAUUUGUCGAAAAAAUAUUCUUUCGAAGUAAAAUAUUCUCAUAACCAAAAGAAGAAUAUUACCAAACUUCUGUGUUGCUAUUUAGACGGUUAUGUAGCUGCAUCAACUGAGAAACAUCCGUAACCCCUUAAAGUGGGACGCCACAUAGCAAGUGUUAAUAUUACACGGAAUGCAAGCAACAGCUUCAUUGGGUCUGUCAGUUCAAUCCAACAUAAUAAAAGCCAUGCAGCAACAACCCGCACAAAACAUGUUUGUUCAACCGACUGUUGGCAAUACUUCCAGCCAAGUUCGUACCAAUCAGGCAGGCAGUUUAUAUCGGGGACCUUCAGCUAGUCCAGCGCCCCGGAGUGGGGCUCGUCAUCUUCCAAUGCAAGCUCUGUAUCCUCAGACAAUGCAUGUAGUUCAGCCAUUCCCACAAUAUCCACGCCAGGCAUUCCCAGCGCCACCAUACGCACAAUACACACCUCCGAUGCAGCCAAAUUACCCAUAUCCAUAUCCCUCUUACUAUCCUGUUCCAGCACAGCGCGGCGCUGUAGGUGUUAGUACCAGCGUUGGCGUGGGUAACACGAUGACAGUGCAACCAGGUCCUAACGGUCCGAUGUCCGGUCCACCUGGUGCUACGCAAUCACAAAUGCCAUUAGCGCCUGGGACGGUGCUUUCUACAAGUGCUGUACCACCUGGUACGAAUCCUGCCGUUUUGAGCGUAGGUCCCAGCCCAACUGGUCAACAGGUUUCCGUUCAGCCUAUCGUUGUUCAAACACAGCCAAGUCAAAAGUCAACUCGCCGCCGUACAUAUGCUCUCGAUAUCAUUGAUCCAAAAACAAAUAAAAAUAUAUUAGAAGAUUUUGAUUCAACAAAGACAUCUACAAGCUCAGAUAUUGAAUAUCCAGAGCAAAAUCUAUAUGCUCAGCAACCUAUUGUUAUGUCAGACCAAUUGCGAAAUUUGUCGUAUGAUAUGAUAGAUACACAACAUAUGCCUCGUGAUGUAACUAUUGUGCAGACUCCAAUUGUGUCAGCGAUAACAGAUGGGCCUUCCGUAGAAAUUUUACCUUCAAUGCAGAAAUCUCGAGGGAAAAAAAUACUUCCUAUUGUCAAUCCUAAAGAUGGGAGCACCGUACAUAACAUGGGUACGUAAAUAAUUUAUUUUCAAUGAAAUGUUUUUAAUUAUAUCUUAAAUAUAUCUAAGUAAAAGUGGAUAGGAAGGGAGAGGUUGGUUUUGCUAAAGGUUACGUCAAGAUUCUGCAGUUUUAAUGCAGUUGUUCAAAUGGUAACAGCGUGCCUGGUAUAAAAAUAAAAGCCAUACUGACUGUGAAGCU